CAUUAGGAUUCGAUCAUCUUGACUAGUGAUGAGGUCUACAUUAGGAUUCGAUCAUCUUGACUAGUGAUGAGGUCUACAUUAGGAUUCGAUCAUCUUGACUAGUGAUGAGGUAUACAUUAGGAUUCGAUCAUCUUGACUAGUGAUGAGGUAUACAUUAGGAUUCGAUCAUCUUGACUAGUGAUGAGGUAUACAUUAGGAUUCUAACAUCUUGACUAGUGAUGAGGUAUACAUUAGGAUUCGAUCAUCUUGACUAGUGAUGAGGUCUACAUUAGGAUUCGAUCAUCUUGACUAGUGAUGAGGUCUACAUUAGGAUUCGAUCAUCUUGACUAGUGAUGAGGUAUACAUUAGGAUUCGAUCAUCUUGACUAGUGAUGAGGUAUACAUUAGGAUUCGAUCAUCUUGACUAGUGAUGAGGUAUACAUUAGGAUUCGAUCAUCUUGACUAGUGAUGAGGUAUACAUUAGGAUUCGAUCAUCUUGACUAGUGAUGAGGUAUACAUUAGGAUUCGAUCAUCUUGACUAGUGAUGAGGUAUACAUUAGGAUUCGAAAUGCAUGAUUGUUAAAUCACUACAGUUGCUUACUAUAUAUACUGUAAUACAUACCAAUGUUUUGUUAUGAUAACUAAUUCUGACUUUCAGGCAAAAGAGGUUCCAGAGGACGAGAAAUUCUCCUUUGAUUACCAGUUUGACAUAGUGAGGCUGUCUGCAGAACUGACUGUUAAGAGCAAGAUUGUACAUCUGACCACUGGACGAUGGGAGGACUUUGAUGAUAUCUCGAACAUCUAUAUAGAGGAAAUCUUCAGCACACCAUCCCCUCUGGUGAAGAAAAUCUGGGACACUGAUGAACAUUUUGGGUUUCAAAGACUUGGUCGACUCAACAACACGCUGAUCACACUCUGUACCGAGAUCCCAAGCAAGUAUGGACUUCCUUAUUACAAGAGUGUUCCCAUGUGGAAAUCUAAAACCUAA